AAAACCGAAUCUGACAUCACUACCUAGCAGUUUGUGUCGCUAGCAAAGUGGUUUGUUCUUAGGGUGACAGAGGAGGAAAUUGCUCCCUGUCUGAUAAGACAACAGCAAAGAAAGGACGCAUGCUGUUUCAUAGGAAUACGGCUGAUUUCCAGAUAUGACCAUGUAUUUGUGGCUUAAACUUUUGGCAUUUGGCUUUGUCUUUCUGGACACAGGCGUGUUUGUUACAGGGCAAGACAAUCUUGAUUCCAAUACUGGACUGAACUCAACAGAAGAGCCCAGUGUUCUGGCUCCAAACGACCUCUUACCUGCCCGCACCACUGCAUUCUCACUCACAAGCAUCUCUGAAAGAGAAAAUAACUCCUCAGAGACCACGCCUACUCUUAGGCCAGACAGUCCUUCAACUGAAGACUUCUUGAACACUUCGGAUAAUGCUAAUACUCUUAAUGGGACAGGAGUUACACAGCCGCCUCUCUUCUCCACGCACGCAGACUCGCAGGCGCCCUCUGCCGGAUCUGACACGCAGACACCUGGCAGCACUGCUGCCCCUCCCGCACGCACCCCAACUCCAGGGCGGAAUGAGACAUCAGGUUUUCCCGGAGAGAGGAUUCCACCCAGCACCUCCCCCGCAGACACCGCUUUCACAACAGUAGCGACCCCCAGCCCCGCACUCAGCAGCGCUGCUGCCCUUACCUCACUCAUCUCCAGCAUCACUUCCAAAGAUAACUCCUCAGAUCUGAAUCUUACGUCCACUUCACUCGCAACAAGCAUUACCUUUACAACUGCUCCCACAAUAAUAGUUCCUACUACAACUAAGCAAUCAUGUGAUGACAAAUAUGCAGAUAUCCAUGUGACUUAUCAGUAUGACAAUAAAACUAAAUCAUUUACAGCAAAACUAAAUGUUAGCGAUGAAGGGGAGUGUAACAAUACCACAUGUCUAAAGAACGAGUUAAAAAACCUAAUAGCGUGUGAAAAUAAGAAUGUUUCUAUAGGACAUACUUCAUGUACUCCACCUAAAAUUUUAGAAUUGGCCGUACCACCAGAUCCUGAAAGUUACUCUUUGAAAACUUGUACAGAGCCUAUAAAAGCAAAUACUUCUAUUUGUUUAAAAGUGGCACACUAUAACUUUAGUUGUGAUGAAAGCAAAAUUAGAUACACACUUACAUGUGGUAACUUUACUUUUGUUAAUGAGUAUCAAAUUUAUCUGGAACCUCUUUCACCUAAAACAAAAUAUUCCUGUAAUUUCAAAGUAUCCUACGGUCCCAAUGAGUUUUUGAACAAAAAUGAAACCUAUGAAACAGAUGUUGGAAGUCCAAAAAAACCUGAGAAUGUUAAUUGCAGUUCUAAAAGCUCAAAUGAAGGAAUGGUCACCUGGGAAAGCCCUAAAGAUUAUUUUGAUAAUUAUACUGUUUGCUUCCUGAAUAUUACAGAACAAAAAUGCAAAAACUUGACUAAAGAGGUGACCAAACAGGAUUUUUCAUUGCUGAAGCCUUUUACAAACUACAGUGUGUCAUUAAAAGCUUACACCCAGGGAAAAGUGUUACGUGAUGGACCUGUUGAGACAUGUCAAUUUCAAACAGAAGAAGAUGUGCCAACUGAAGUCAAGAAUUUACGUGCUUUUCUGAAGUCAGAUAAUAGUAUCGCUGUGACUUGUGAUCCUCCUCUGCACUUAAAUGGCCCCAGUGGUGGCUUUUACUAUCUGGAAAUCAAACCUGGAACUGACCAGGUUAAACCUAAACAACACAGAUCUUGCAGCUUCUAUGUAGAAAAUCUUCAAUAUUCAACAACAUAUGAGUUUACGGUCUAUUAUCACAAUGGACGUUAUCAUGGAAUUCCAAAAACUGAAUCUCAAACAACAUCUUAUAAUUCUAAAGCACUGAUUGGAUUUCUGGUAUUUCUGAUCAUUGUGACAUUCAUAGCCCUGCUUUUUGUUCUCUACAAAAUCUAUGACCUGCGCAACAAAAGGUCCUGCGAUAGAGAUGAAGAGCAGGAACUUGUUGAAAGGGAUGAUGAAAAACUGAUGAAUGUGGAGCCAAUUCAUGCAGAUAUUUUGUUGGAAACUUACAAGAGGAAGAUUGCUGAUGAAGGAAGACUGUUUCUGGCUGAAUUUCAGAGCAUUCCACGGGUAUUCAACAAGUUUUCUAUCAAGGAUGCUCGAAAACCCUUUAACCAGAACAAAAAUCGUUAUGUUGACAUCCUUCCUUAUGAUUAUAACCGUGUUGAACUCUCAGAUAUAAAUGGAGAUGCAGGGUCAAAUUAUAUAAAUGCCAGCUAUAUUGAUGGCUUCAAGGAACCCAGGAAAUACAUUGCUGCACAAGGUCCCAGGGAUGAAACUGUUGAUGAUUUCUGGAGGAUGAUCUGGGAACAGAAAGCCACAGUCAUUGUCAUGGUCACUCGAUGUGAGGAAGGAAACAGGAACAAGUGUGCAGAAUACUGGCCUUCCAUGGAAGAGGGCACUCGGGCUUUCGGAGACGUUGUUGUAAAGAUGGUCGAGCACAAAAGAUGUCCAGAUUAUAUCAUUCAGAAGUUGAACAUUACAAAUAAAAAAGAAAAAGCAGCCGGAAGAGAUGUGACUCACAUUCAGUUCACCAGCUGGCCCGACCACGGCGUGCCCGAGGAUCCUCACCUGCUCCUCAAGCUGCGAAGGAGAGUGAACGCCUUCAGCAACUUCUUCAGUGGCCCCAUUGUGGUGCACUGCAGUGCUGGUGUUGGACGCACAGGGACUUACAUUGGAAUUGAUGCCAUGCUAGAAGGCCUGGAGGCAGAGAACAAAGUGGACGUUUAUGGUUAUGUCGUCAAGCUCAGGCGACAGAGGUGCCUGAUGGUUCAAGUGGAGGCACAAUAUAUCUUGAUCCAUCAGGCCUUGGUGGAAUACAACCAGUUUGGGGAAACAGAAGUGAAUUUGUCUGAAUUACAUCCAUAUCUCUUUAACAUGAAGAAAAGAGAUCCCCCCAGUGAACCAUCACCCCUAGAGGCUGAAUUCCAGAGACUUCCCUCAUAUAGGAGCUGGAGGACACAACAUAUUGGAAAUCAAGAACAAAAUAAAAGUAAAAACAGGAUUUCUAACAUGAUUCCAUAUGACUUUAACAGAGUGCCACUUAAAUAUGAACUAGAGAUGAGCAAAGAGAGUGAACAUGAUUCAGAUGAGUCUUCUGAUGAUGACAGUGACUCAGAGGAAACAAGUAAAUACAUCAAUGCAUCAUUUAUAAUGAGUUACUGGAAACCUGAAGUGAUGAUUGCUGCUCAGGGACCACUAAAAGAGACCAUUGGUGACUUUUGGCAGAUGAUAUUCCAAAGAAGAGUCAAAAUUAUUGUUAUGCUGACAGAGCUGAAGAGUGGAGACCAGGAAGUCUGUGCUCAGUACUGGGGAGAAGGAAAGCAGACAUACGGAGAUAUACAAGUUGAUAUGAAAGACACCAACCAGUCUUCAGCUUACACCCUCCGUGUAUUUGAACUGAGACAUUCCAAGAGGAAAGAUGCUCGGACUGUGUACCAGUACCAGUAUAAUAACUGGGAUGGCAGUGAGCCUCCUCCAGAACCCAAAGACUUAAUCUCUAUGAUUCAGAGUCUCAAAGAAAAACUUCCCAAGAGUAAUUCCCCCGAAGGAACUAAGCAUCACAAGAAUGUGCCUCUCCUCAUUCACUGCAGAGAUGGAUCUCAGCAAACAGGACUAUUAUGUGCUUUGUUAAAUCUCUUGGAAAGUGCAGAAACAGAAGAAGUGAUAGAUGUUUUUCAAGUAGUAAAAUCUCUUCGCAGAGCCAGGCCAGGAAUGGUUCCCACAUUUGAGCAAUACCAAUUCCUAUAUGAUGUCAUUGCGAGCACCUAUCCUGCCCAGAAUGGACAAAUAAAGAAAAGCAACAAUCAAGAAGAUAAAAUUGAAAUUGAUAAUGAAUUGGACAAUGCAAAACAGGAUGCUAAUUGUGUUAGUUCACCUGGUACUCUUGAUAAGGCCAAUGAAGGAACUAAAGAAGAUGAAGGUGCUAAAGUCACAAGUAGCCCUGAGGAACCAGAACAUUCCGCCAAUGGUCCUGCGAGUCCAGGUUUAACUCAAAGCGCAUAGGAGAAGAUGUACACAGGACUCAUUGAGUUGUGUUGUUUCUAUUUUUCUAGGAGUAGGAGGGCAAAAUAGAUAUACAGUGGAUUAAUGAAGCACAUUGGACCCAUAUUUGUGACAAGCUUCUAUUUUACUACAGUAGAAGCAUAUUUAAGACAGUUUUGCUAAAAUGUUUUGUACAGUCUUCUGCAUAUUUUAAAAUUUUACCCGCCAUUCAACAAAAAAGAUUUUCUUUGUAGUUUGCAUGUGUGUGUAUGUGUGU